ACACGCGGCCGGGAGCGGCCCGCGAUUCGUCGCCGCGCCGUGAGGCCAGGAGGGAACGGCCGGCCCGCGGCAAGGCGGCGGCGCGGCCCGGAAGCGUUACGCAGCAGCGCUCGGCCUUCCGGAGCUGGGAGGUUUCGCCAUGCCGGACUACCUGGGAGCGGACCAGCGCAAGACCAAGGAGGAGGAGAAGGAGGACAAACCCAUCCGCGCGUUGGAUGAAGGAGAUAUCGCCCUGCUGAAAACCUACGGCCAGAGCACAUACUCCAGGCAGAUCAAGCAAGUAGAAGAUGAUAUUCAACAACUACUUAAGAAAAUCAAUGAGCUCACUGGAAUUAAGGAAUCCGACACCGGCCUGGCUCCUCCUGCUCUUUGGGAUCUGGCUGCAGAUAAGCAAACUCUCCAAAGUGAGCAGCCUUUACAGGUUGCUAGAUGUACAAAGAUAAUCAAUGCAGACUCUGAGGAUCCCAAGUACAUUAUCAAUGUCAAGCAGUUUGCCAAAUUUGUGGUGGAUCUCAGUGACCAGGUGGCACCUACUGACAUAGAAGAAGGCAUGAGAGUUGGAGUGGACAGAAACAAGUAUCAAAUCCACAUCCCCUUGCCUCCAAAGAUCGAUCCCACAGUCACCAUGAUGCAAGUGGAAGAAAAACCAGAUGUCACUUACAGUGAUGUUGGUGGUUGUAAAGAGCAGAUUGAAAAGCUCAGAGAGGUGGUUGAAACCCCUCUUCUUCAUCCUGAAAGAUUUGUUAACCUUGGAAUUGAGCCUCCCAAAGGAGUGCUUUUGUUUGGGCCUCCUGGUACAGGCAAAACACUUUGUGCCCGUGCUGUUGCUAACAGGACUGAUGCCUGCUUCAUCAGAGUAAUUGGAUCUGAGCUGGUGCAGAAGUAUGUGGGAGAGGGAGCUCGAAUGGUUCGUGAACUCUUUGAAAUGGCCAGAACUAAAAAAGCUUGUCUUAUAUUCUUUGAUGAAAUUGAUGCCAUUGGAGGUGCUCGCUUUGAUGAUGGUGCUGGGGGUGACAAUGAAGUGCAGCGCACGAUGCUGGAGCUGAUCAACCAGUUGGAUGGUUUUGACCCACGAGGCAAUAUCAAAGUGCUGAUGGCUACAAACAGGCCAGAUACUCUGGAUCCAGCUCUAAUGAGGCCUGGCAGGUUGGAUAGGAAGAUAGAGUUCAGCUUGCCUGAUCUAGAGGGGCGGACUCACAUAUUCAAGAUCCACGCUCGCUCCAUGAGUGUUGAAAGGGACAUAAGAUUUGAGCUGUUGGCUCGACUGUGUCCUAAUAGCACAGGAGCUGAGAUUCGCAGUGUGUGCACAGAGGCAGGCAUGUUUGCAAUCCGAGCACGCCGAAAAAUUGCUACUGAGAAAGACUUCUUAGAGGCAGUGAACAAAGUCAUUAAAUCCUACGCAAAAUUCAGCGCCACUCCCCGCUACAUGACCUACAACUGAUAUCUUGGAGUGCUUUUCCUGCUUCUGCAGUUCAAUUUUCUGUGAAACCAAAAUCUGUCUGUAUGUGGUAACUCCUGGCUUGUUCUUGGAAGCUAGAAAUAAAUGAAGUGUUCCAAACAACAGGUGGGAUUUCCUUAUGAAUGAGUUUUGCAUUUACUGGAGUCUUGCUGCUAUAGAAAAGAAAUCUCGAAGUCUAACAACAUAGCAGUAUAUUUUUUAAAGGGUGUACAUACAUGAAACAAGGCAAUGUUGAGCUAGGUCCCCAGUCACUGUUUAUACCCCCAAACCUAUCAUCUCUGCUGUAGUGGCACUACAGCAUUCCUGAGUGACUGCAGUGCUUCCUAAGUUUUGAUAUGUCAUUACACAGAGGGUGACCUCGAUUGGGUACUCAUCCUUCAUAGCUUACAGUUAGACAACAUUUGUAGCAGACAACGUUAAAAGGGGGAUCUUUAUUCAUCUACCAUGUUCUUGCAGCUUGGUCACUGAAAACCAAGCCUUUCGUUUUCUCUUUUUUCAAGCGUUGCAUGAAAAUAGAAAAAAAGCUUGAAGGAACAUGGGAAUGUAAAGCUUUAUGGGAACUGUUACAUCUUAAAUAUGAGAAAAGUUAUAUCAGGCUUUCUUAUAAAAGAAGUGUAUGCAGAAGGAAAAGUGUAUGCAGUGAAUGGAUA